AAAAGCAUGGACAUCCGCAACAAUCUCACCCGGUUGAACAUGCUGGAGAACUGCACUGUGAUCGAGGGCCACUUGCAAAUAUUGCUGAUGUUCAAAACCAAGCCGGAAGAUUUCCGCGAGCUCAGCUUCCCCAAGCUGACGAUGAUCACGGACUACCUGCUCCUCUUCCGUGUGUACGGCCUGGAGAGUUUAAAGGGCCUUUUCCCUAACCUCACUGUGAUUCGAGGAACCCAUCUGUUUUUUAACUACGCCCUGGUCAUUUUUGAGAUGGUUCACCUGAAGGAGAUCGGCCUCUAUAACCUGAUGAACAUCACCCGGGGCGCCGUGCGGAUUGAGAAGAACAACGAACUCUGUUACUUGUCCACCAUCGACUGGUCGAGGAUUUUGGAUUCGGUAGAAGAUAAUUACAUCGUGGCCAACAAGGAUGACAAAGAAGAGUGUGGAGAUGUGUGUCCAGGAACUGUGAAAGGGAAGAGCAACUGUCCCCCUACGGUCAUCAACGGCAUUUUCAUUGAGCGUUGCUGGACCCACGAUCGCUGUCAACGAGUUUGUCCAGCUGCCUGCAAGUCCCAAGGCUGCACCUCGGAUGGUCAGUGCUGUCACAGCGAGUGUCUCGGGGACUGCACGGAGCCCAACAACCCUGAGAAGUGCGUGGCCUGUCGCAACUUCUACCUGGAAGGCAAAUGUGUGGACACCUGCCCCCCUGGUUACUACCGCUUCGAGGGGUGGCGUUGUGUCACCUUCAGCUUCUGCCAGGAGCUGCACAACAAAUGCAAAAACGCCAGGGAGUCGGGGUGUCACGUCAUCCACAACAACGAGUGUGUUCACGAGUGCCCGUCGGGGUACAUCAUGAAUUCCAGCAACUUGCACUGUACGCCCUGCGCCGGGCCCUGUCCCAAGGUUUGUGACUACGGGAAGGAGAAGACCAUCGACUCGGUGACAUCGGCCCAGGAGCUCCGAGGCUGCACGGUUGUUAAUGGCAGCUUAGUUAUAAAUAUCCGUGGAGGAAACAACAUAGCAGCGGAGCUAGAAGCGAAUCUUGGCUUGAUAGAAGAAAUCUCAGGUUACCUCAAAAUUCGCCGGUCUUAUGCCUUGGUUUCUCUUUCUUUUUUUCGUAAACUACACCUGAUUAGAGGAGAAACACUAGAAGCUGGGAAUUACUCAUUUUACGCCUUGGAUAACCAGAAUCUUCGCCAGCUCUGGGACUGGAGUAAACACAACCUGACCAUUGCACGAGGCAAACUCUUCUUCCAUUACAAUCCCAAACUGUGUUUGUCAGAAAUCCACAAGAUGGAGGAGAUCUCUGGGACUAAGGGGCGCCAGGAACGGAACGACAUAGCCCUGAAGACGAACGGCGAUCAAGCCUCAUGUGAAAAUGAAUUGCUGAAGUUUUCUUCCAUCAGGACAUCUCAUGACAAGAUCCUGUUGAAGUGGGAGCCGUACUGGCCUCCUGAUUUCCGUGAUCUCCUGGGAUUUAUGCUGUUUUACAAAGAAGCGCCAUACCAAAAUGUGACGGAGUUUGAUGGCCAAGACGCUUGUGGGUCAAAUAGUUGGACGGUUGUGGACGUUGACCCACCUCCGCGGUCAAAUGAGCCCAAAUCCCAGGCCCAGCCAGGGUGGCUGCUGAGGGGCUUGAAGCCAUGGACGCAGUACGCUGUGUUUGUCAAAACUCUGGUCACCUUCUCAGAUGAACGAAGAACCUACGGUGCAAAGAGUGAAAUCAUCUACGUCCAGACCAACGCUACUGUUCCCUCAGUCCCGUUAGAUCCGAUAUCUGUUUCCAACUCUUCAUCCCAAAUCAUCCUGAAGUGGAAACCACCCUCAGAGCCCAACGGAAACAUCACACACUACCUGGUGUUCUGGCAGCAGCAGGCGGAAGAUAGUGAGCUCUAUGAACUUGAUUACUGCCUAAAAGGAUUAAAACUGCCCUCCAGGACGUGGUCUCCUCCUUUUGAAUCCGAGGACCCUCAGAAGUACAAUCAAAGUGAAAACGAGGAUGUCAGCGGGGAAUGUUGUUCCUGUCCUAAAACAGACUCUCAGAUACAGAAGGAGCUGGAAGAGUCUGCUUUCCGCAAGACCUUUGAGAACUACCUUCACAACGAGGUUUUUGUCCCCAGGCCGUCAAGAAAACGCAGAGACCUUGGCUCGGUGGCAAACGCCACUGUGGUGAUACCCACCAUGGCCUCCUCUCCCAACAAUUCUGCAGCAGCGUCUGAGAACACAGAGGAGCAGAAACCUUUUGAAAAAGUGAGGUUUAAGGAGUCUUUGGUUAUCUCGGGCCUGCGGCAUUUCACCGGGUAUCGCAUCGAGCUCCACGCUUGCAACCACGACGCUCAGGAAUCCCGAUGCAGCGUUGCAGCUUAUGUCAGUGCCAGGACCAUGCCAGAAGCUAAGGCUGAUGACAUCGUCGGUCCAGUUACCCAUGAAGUGGUUGAAAAAAAUACCGUGCAUUUGAAGUGGCAGGAACCAAAGGAGCCAAAUGGUCUCAUUGUGCUGUAUGAAGUGAAUUACGGACGUCUUGGGGAGACAGAGGAAGCUCACUACUGCGUGUCCCGUAAGCAUUUUGCCAACGAGCAGGGCUGCAAACUCCGGGGGCUCCAGCCUGGAAACUACAGCGUCCGAAUCCGAGCCACAUCCCUGGCUGGGAACGGCUCCUGGACGGAACCCACCUAUUUUUAUGUGGCUGAUUAUUUGAAUGCUCAGCCCAAUAUUGCUGUUAUAAUUGUGCCGAUUAUUUUUGCCAUAAUAAUUGCUGGGAUUAUUGGAGCUGCUUACGUGCUGGUGAAAAAGAGACAAACCGAAGGACCAACCGGACCUCUCUACGCAUCCUCCAACCCGGAGUAUCUCAGCACCAGUGAUGUCUACGUCCCCGACGAGUGGGAGGUUCCACGAGACAAGAUCACUCUCCUGCGAGAGCUGGGGCAGGGCUCCUUCGGCAUGGUCUACGAGGGCAUCGCCAAGGACAUCGUGAAGGGGGAGCCGGAGACGCGCGUGGCCGUGAAGACGGUGAACGAGUCGGCCAGCCUCCGCGAGCGCAUCGAGUUCCUCAAUGAAGCUUCCGUGAUGAAAGGGUUCAGCUGCCAUCAUGUGGUUCGCCUCCUCGGGGUGGUCUCAAAAGGGCAACCAACUCUGGUGGUCAUGGAGUUAAUGGCACAUGGAGAUCUCAAAAGUUACCUCCGCUCUUUGAGACCUGAUGCUGAGAAUAACCCUGGUCGCCCGCCCCCGACGCUGAGGGAGAUGAUCCAGAUGGCUGCGGAGAUCGCCGAUGGCAUGGCCUAUCUCAAUGCCAAAAAAUUUGUUCACAGAGACCUCGCGGCUCGUAACUGUAUGGUUGCAGAAGAUUUCACUGUAAAAAUUGGAGACUUCGGCAUGACCAGAGAUAUCUACGAGACGGAUUAUUACCGUAAGGGAGGCAAAGGGCUGCUGCCCGUGCGGUGGAUGGCACCCGAAUCUCUGAAGGAUGGUGUUUUCACUGCUUAUUCUGACGUGUGGUCAUUUGGUGUUGUCCUCUGGGAAAUCAGCAGUUUGGCAGAGCAGCCGUACCAGGGCCUCUCCAACGAGCAGGUGCUAAAGUUUGUGAUGGAUGGAGGGUACCUGGACCAGCCCGACAGCUGCCCGGAGAGGCUGCACAGCCUGAUGCAGAUGUGCUGGCAGUACAACCCCAAAAUGCGCCCCACCUUCAUCGAGAUCAUCGAGAUGCUGAAGGAGGACUUGGAUCCCAGCUUCCACGAGGUCUCCUUCUUCUACAGCGAGGAGAACAAACCUCUGGAGACGGAGGAGUAUGAGAUGGACUUCGAGAACAUGGAGAGCAUUCCCCUCGACCCCUCCUCGUACUCGCAGAGGGACAAAGUCCUGGGGAGGGACAAUGGACCCUCCAUGGCCCUCAAGGGGAACUAUGAAGAGCACAUACCUUACACUCACAUGAACGGUGGCAAGAAAAACGGGCGGAUUCUCUCCAUGCCCAGGUCAAGUCCUUCCUAACACUUCCCGUUCGGCCCAAGGGUUGUGUCUGCUUUUUUCCCCCCUCCACAAAUCUCAGGACUCUCGUUAUUGCUGCCACAGUGUAUGACACAGAUCUACAGACUCUUCAGAUUUUUUAAUCAUCUUAUGAUUAAUACUUUUUUUUUUUUUUUUUUUUUUUUUGACUGGUUGUCAGUGGACUUAUCUGUGAACAUAAAUGGAAGAGGUUUCCAUGGCUGCUGUCCCUUCUGUAACCAUGGUUUCAAAACAGGAAGCCACCGUGUCAGUUCAGCUGAAGGAGGAGCCUCCACGUUUGCCAACAAAAGACGUGAGAUUUGCUGGUAUCCGAGCUCCGGCGUUAACGGUGCGGAACAAAACUUCUGCAGGACAAAAAAAAAAAAAAACCAAAACCAACAACCAUGUUUCCAGUAGAAUUCCAGGCUUUCAGGCAUAGUCUUCACUACAGGCUGAAGGAUUCAACACAGCAGUCGGACACAGCGCCAGAUCCUCAGAUUGACCAAUAGCUGCUGCUUUCAUACUUUUUCAAUGGGUUAAACCCCAGGGGUGCGUGCGUGUGUGUGUGUGUGUGUGUGUGUCCGUGUGUGUGUGCAGUAUCUAUAUGUGGGGUGUAUAUGUAUAGCAAAAUAUACGCUUCUUUUGGUUUUUGUACAUAAGUUUUGUAUGUUCUCACAGAAGCUUUCCUCUUCUCGGAAGUGUGUACUUAUCUUUUUCUUUUUUUUUUCUCCCAUUUCCCUGGAGUGUCUGAAUCCUAAACAGAGUAUUUUUAUACUAAGGACUCUUGGGAGUAGGUUUUCUCUCAUUAACAAAUGAGGAAAAUGUGCUGGGAGCCAAAGGAGCAGAAAUCUGAGAUUUGUGGGUACUUUCAAGACCAAACGAAAUAGGAGUCCCCCGACACGGGAGUUUUCUGUCCUUUCAGCAUCGAGUAUAUAUAUUGUUUGUUGUAACAUAUUUAAAAAUGCCUUUAGUUUAAAUUUUAACUUCCUAUAAAUUAUUGACUGUUUAUGAUCCUUUCGGGGAGGGGAGAAUGUGGGGGACUGUUUGGUCUUAAAGUGGUCCAAAGAUUUCAGAACGAACUCAUUUUAGCCGAUUCCCCUUUUAGGAGCGACAAAGCGCAUGUUGAGUUUAUACUUGACAAGGCUUUCUCAUACAGUUUCCUGAUUUAUACAGUGCAGUCAGCUGGCUCCGGCCGAAGUAGCCCUGAGAUAAAGUAGUUGGGACUUGGGUUGGGGGCUGAAGGAACAUCUGAACAUCCUGCUCCUGCUGCUCCUGUGUCCCCUCCAUCCCUUGCUUUGCCGUCUGCGCGGCGAGAGGGGAGGAGCGAGAGCUCUGACCCCAAAAAAGAGACACUAAAGCCCAUCUGAAGUGGGGAGAGCACCAGGCUCUUGGCUCUGCGGGUGAAGCAGAAGCUGGAUGUGACUGUGGUUGGUACCUGCUGCCUGUCUGCUGCUGCUCCAGCGUCUGGCCUCCUGCUGCCCGCGGGGCCUUUCGUGUUUUUCCUGAGAUACGGGCGCUGCGUCCUGCAGCCUCCCCGGGGACGCCUCUGCUUUCAGCUCUUUGGGAUCUCAGCUUUUUGUCUCCUGGACCGUGCUUUGUUUCGCUGCUGCUCGCGUUAAAAAGACAGACCCCAUGAGCAUUAAGAUGUUGGAAAAUAAUCGUGAAACUAUAAACGUGUCUCGUGGUGCUGGGGGGCACGUGCCUGGCAGGGAGAGGUGCUAAAGCGGGAAAUGGAGAUGAUGGAUGUUUGCAGGCCCUUUUUGUCAAACAGGAGGUGGUUUUAAAAGGGGAGGGAGAUGCUCAGUGCUCCACUUCUCCUCCUUGGAGAAGGCCAAGAGGCAGUAAGUGCUCUCUGCCGGGAGAAAAGGAGGUUUUUCCGACUCGGGACGCGGAGCUGGUGUGUGGAUUUUUAUUCCAGCUGGGGUGGUGCUGCUGGUCUCUCCCUGUAGCCACAGGAAAGGGGCUGGAGUUGGGUGGGAAGUGCCUCUUGGAGCUGCUCUGCUCGUAGCCAGCUGGAGAGGUUUCUGAGAAGUGUUUGCAGGUUAAAUUCAAUUGCCACUUCCUGAACGCCUCUUGCAAAUCUGGUACUUCUCGAGGGAUGGGGGGGACGAUGGACUCUGAGCACCCCCAGGAGCCUCCAGGCCUUGGUGCUGGGUGAAUCUGGUGGGUUCAGACAAAGGUGGAGGGUGCAGGUUGCUCACAAAGUCAGAUGGAAAACGGAAAGUUCCAGACAGGGGUAAGAACCUUGGAUUUCAAAAGGCCUCGUUUACAUUUCUUCUGCUUUAUAAAGUAGUAACUGUUUAGCAGCUCUGUACCACACUGCAGGAAAGAAGACAUAUUCUCACACUUUUCUAAGGAAGAGAAGUUUUUCUUAUUAGAAUUUUUUUAUUUAUUUUAAUAUAUAAAACACUGUAAAAAAAAAAAAACCAACAAAAAAACAAAAACAGCAAACAAUUUGCUUUCUUAAACACACAGAACAUGUAAAUUUGUAUCCGUAAAAUCUUGGCAGGUGGAUGUGGUGGGAUUAUUUUUGUCCUGUUCUGGUGCAGUCUACCUCAGUGUUUCUUAAGGAUAUUUUUAAUACUACGCACCUCUAAACCUGUUUAAAUAUUCUGGUCUGGACCUGUUGUGGAUCAGGGAAAAAUCAAUAUCAGCUGAUUCCAAUACCAGGGACCAUUCAGCGAAGGGAAUGGGGCAGGAGAACGGCUCGUCGCUGUUUAUCACUAACCUGAGCAAGGAACCGAUGUAUGAAUUUGGAUCUGAUAGUCUGAGAUCAUCCUCUGAGCUCUGCUGUGAUAAAGGAAAAACAAGAAAAGAACAAAAGAGCCAUUUAAAUGUUGGGACUUGAGUGAAGUGAUGCCCUGAGUGAGAGGAGCAGACGGUUUCCUUCUGUCCCCAUCCCAGGUGGGAGCAUCUUGGUCACUGCCCUUCUCCCUGCACGUGGAUAAUCCGGGAUCCUGCCCGUAGGAUGUGACCUCCUGAAAUAAACCCUUCCCAGCGUGUCCUUGUUUUUGGUAACAUUUUUAAAUCGCAGCGAUCGGAACUGUGGGAAUAGAAGCUCUUUUAUAGAAACAAACCUUGGAAAUUUGUAUGGGGUCUGGCUUGGAAAUGGAGUUGAUAUUGGUUGGCCCCUCGGAGCGCACGCCGGUGGCACCGCUGGGAUCAUGGAAGAAGGGAUCUACAGAUGGGCCAUCCCUCCACGUGGCUCUUACCAUCCUCUUCCCUCUGCUCCACACGCAGCAGUUGUUUGUUCAUCACCAACACUGCGCCUAAAGAUUACUCCAGUCCUUUCUGCCUUGUGCCAAGGACGAGGAAAGGUGUAUGGUACUAGCAAGGAUGUCGGUUUUUUCCCCCUUUUUAGAAACAAAAUGACACUAGCGGUUGCCACUCGUGGCUUUUAAAGAUUACACUCACUGAACUGUAGAAUUAGGAAGAAGAGAUGAAUGUCAUUUGUAAAGCCCAGCUCUCACUUCUGGAAAAUCCUCCACUCUCAGCCCACAGCUGACACUUUGGUCUCUGCUGGUGGACGAUCCUCACCCUGGGGAUGCUGAAACCUCUCCCUGGGAUCUCACUGGUACCUGUUAGAGACACCAAGGCUCAUGUAUGAGUUGAGAUAACACGUGCCAGAGGAAACCUUCUCUCUGGGGGGUGUUGUGAAGGAUUCCUGCCCAGGAAGGUGUGUGCUGUGUCUCUGGUGGGGGAGCAGCUGCCGUUUGCCGUGGGGAGAUCCCUGUGGGGGUGAGAAUCCCCCAGCUGCAGCAGGAGCAGGACACGGAGGAGCUGGGCAGUAGCACAGGAAAGCAGGAGGAUGGCUGGAGGUGGGAAGCUCGCUCUUUUCCCAUUUGUUAGAGGGUUGGAUCCUGCUUGUUGUGGGCAGAGAACUUCCCACAGGCAGCAGGAUGGACUCAUCACCCUGUUCAGGAGCCCUCGGAGGACAGGGAAGGUCCCAACAACAGCCAGAGCUUCACUUGUUUCUAAAACCGGUUGAAGCAGGAGGUGUAAAAACAUCUUUUCUGUGCUCUGCUGUGUCUCUGUUAGCAGAUGGUUGAAGCGUGAGGCUGGAGAGGUUUCUCAGAAGUGUUUGCAGGUUAAAUUCAAUUGCCACUUCCUGAAAGCCUCUUGCAAAUCUGGUACUUCUCUUGCAGUGAGAGCGCGGCGUCGCAAAGCUUGGCUGCCGGGUUGGAAACCUGGCUUUUAUUGGCUGCUUGUAAAUAACUCUAUUGUGUUGUAAAAUAGAAGCGCUAAAAAACGUAAACUCUGUGCCAGGAAAGGUGAUAGGAACUAGACCACGCUGCAAGGAGGGUAAUUUCUGUUGAUACCAAGCAGCUGUGUUGGGGUGGAAGAGGCUGCUCUUGGGUUGCUAAAGGGUACUCUGAAUUUAUGGGUAGCGUUAUCUCUUUCCUCCUCGAUUUGUAUUAUAGCGAUGGGACACUUUGCUUAAUUUUAGUGUGUUGCAUUUCAUGUUGGUAUCUCUCUGGAAAAAUCUCAAAAGUUGCUUAUUGUGUUACUGACCUGAGAAGGAUGAAGGCGAGUGGGAAAAGAACAGGAGCAAGACGGGUGGGGUGUCGGUUAUUCUGGAGCCUCCGUUUUUGGGGAGGUAGAAAGGCCAUGGAGUUCCCUCUUAACAUCACUGUGAUAUGAAGAAGGACCCUGAGAUAUUCCAGGCCCUUCACUGCGAGCAGUGAUUCCUCAUACCAAGACUGGAACCUUGUUUUACAAGUCAGAAAGUAAAAUAUCUUUGUGCCAUAACAAAAAAACAACACAACAAACCAACCAACCUUACUCAAGGCUGUGCUAGGUGCUCCCGUGAUCCAUGUGAGAUCGGUCCAGAGCCUGGAGUGAGCAAGAAAACUGCAAAUAAACCCUCUGGCUGUGUCCCAGCCUCCCCCAAAGCUGCCCCUGGUGAGGGGGACACUGGCAGGGACCCUUCCCCUCCACCAAACGGCCGAUGCCCCUCGGAGUCUCCUGUGGUCCAGGGAAAGGAGCUGUGGAAUGGAUUGGAAUCAAGAAAUAGUUAGUUGAGAAACGCGUGAAAUUCAAAAUAAGAUUAGUUUGGUAUUUGUAUGAAUUUAAUUGAAUUGGGCCUUUUUUAUUACCUUCUGCUUGGCUCUGUGUUAACUCUGCUUGGGUUCUGUGUGUGGGUGGUGGUGUCAGAGCACUGACCUGUCCUGUCCUGGCUUCCCUUCUGACGAGCGUCGCGAGGGCGAAGCCAAUGGUGGAGUUGACUUUUGGAGGAACCCGACUGUUCAAAAGCAAUUCUGCAACUACCGUUUUUUAUCAAACCUGCUGUCAUUAAAUGUGUAUUUCUUUUUAAAACGAAAAUUCGCUUGUCCUUCUCGAAAGUAAGCACUUAACUCUUUGCAGUUUCAGCAAAUUUACUGCAGCACAAUGCAAGCUCUAAGGGGACAGGUAGAGAAAUGACUUUUUAAAUAUUGUACAAUAAAGUUAGUAUUAACUCUUACAGCGUUGUUUGGGUUUGUUUUUUUUUGCCAAGAGAUUUGCAAUCAGCAAGAAAUGGUGUUUCUGGUAGUUGUUUUGUUCUGAGUCCAGGGUUCCAGCUGAUGGUACUGGGCAGCCCGGGAGGUCCCUGCUCCACUGAGUCCCAGCCCCCAUAAAAUCCCAGUGUCACCAGUAAAGCGUUGAGCUCGGGACUAAUUACCUGAGGGAUCUGAGCUGGAUUUGAUACCAAAGCUCUUCUCUUCAUCCAGAUUUUCCCAGUGGUGUCCAGCAGCUCUUCCACCAUCCCAGCUCCCCAGGGCUUCUCCCGUAGCCGAGUCCCACAAAAACUGGCUGGUGGAGAAUCUUAAGAGGCCACUUCUCAACCUGAAAAGACAGAACAUUGUUUAAAAAGGAAAAGUGUUCCUUUUGCUUCAGUUUUGGGAAGGAUUUUAUUCUUCGGGGUAUCAAAAAGGGUUUUUGUGUGAGGACCUGCCUGACAGGGGGCACUGGACAUCGGGUUUGUCAACCACAGCCAAAAGCAAACACUUUCUGCUUCCCCCAAAUAAACUGCAGAGAGUUUCAGUUCCGUGUUAAGCGUCGUUCUGUGGGGUCUUUUUUUGCUUUUUCUCUGUUUAACCUUGCUGCUCCCACUUUCUCCCUGCAUAUCUAGGGUUCCAGAAUACAAACGGUAUUGCAGAUACCUCUUGUUUGAAAUAAAGGAUCAAAUGUGCCAUGAUUUUUUUUUAAAAGGAAGGAAAAAAAACCAAACAAACCUUCCCCCUUGAUUAAUUUUUUUCAAUGUUUUCAUAUGUAAGAGCCAAGCAGUGACGUGUACGGAAAAUAUCUUUGAAUAUUAAGAAAAAAAAAAUCUUGCUGUGUGUCAGAAUAUUGAACAAUUAACUGUUUAUAUUAAAAUUCUGAAUAAAUUAUCCGAGAAUAAC